AUGUGUCCUUCCAAAAAUUCUCCACCCAAGAAUGACCAAAGUGAAAAUGGAAAGCAAAACCGCAAGUCUUUCAUCCGAAAGUUGACCUUCCGGAGAUCUAUGGGAAAACUUGAACGGAGUUCAAUGGAAGAGUCAGCUAUCUCCAGAUUCAGUAGGAAUUUUUCUCUGAGGAACAUCAAAAGGAAAGAAGAUGAUGACCGUACCAGUAAAGAAAUUGAUGGUAUUCCAAGCAAUGCAGUGGACUGUGAAGGAGAAGAUUAUGUGUACAAAGAACCAAUGUCUGUAAUGCAAAUACAUCAACUUAUUCAGAAGGGACACCUUUUGGAGGCAUUCAGAAACAUCAGCGCUUUGGAAAAAGAACUUCUGGCAGCAAGAGGUGCCAAGAAAUUUGAUGACAAUCCCAAAGAGUACAUUGUGAGGGCCAAGGAUGUUAACAUGCUGUAUGAUUCCGUUUCUAAGGAAAUCCAGCAUAUUGCGGAAGAGAUACUGGAUCUUCCCAAAGGGGACACCCAGGUGUUAACCUCUCUGGUUGCUUUGAUUGAAGAAGAAGAAAAAACUCAUGCUGGGGCUGCAAACAUCGCCGUUCCUUCUGAGCCUGCCUCCUGCCUCGGGUUAGCCAGAAAUUGGAGAGAGCUUUGGGAAAAAACAGUUGCAGAAAGCGUGAAAGCAAGGGUGCUUAAAGUGCCCGUACCAUUCAAGGCAGACAACUCACCUUGGCUUGCAAUGCACCUAGAGCAUCUCGAGAGGCGAAUAACACAAGAUUUGUUGACAGUCAAGCACUGGCUACAGAAAUCCUUUCCCCAGCACUACAAUGUGUGUGACACGUAUCUGAAUGCUUUCCAUGAGGCCCUCUCUUUCCACUUGCAAGGAAUCCUGGAAGGAAACAGCAGCCUGGGAUACAAUGAAUACUAUACGUUGCUAGACUGGAUCAUCAACAGAUACAGCAGUGAAGUCUUCUUAGGACAUCCAGACCUUAAACCCGAAAUGAAAACAGAAGAGCUGCCCAGCUUGUUAACUCCAGGACUAUUGGCCAAACUGAAGAAUGACUGUAUUAAUUCUGUCAAGCAGAAAACCAGGAACUGCUUUGAGAAUAUUCUGAUGCUAGAGAUGAAGGAAAAGUGGGAAUCAGAAGAACAGCCAGAUGCUCCACAAAGCCAGUAUCACUCAUCUCUGUCCCUUGACAUUCAAACGCUCAUUGGAGAACAUAUGAAGACAUCUGGCAACAUAAGCAAAAAGCUGGAGACAGCCGUUCUCGAAGUCAACCUAAAAGAAUUGAUAGAAUUCAUACCGUGCUUUGGGAAAGCAUUUCUGGAAUGGGACAAAGUGAAUGAUCCACCCCAGUCUGUGUCUUUCAUGGUGACCUACAUGAAUAGCUUCCUUGACUUGAGGAUGGGCUUACAAGAAAAUCUCAAGGUCAGCUGUAAAGAACUGGAGAAGACGCUAGAUAAUGAGAUGCUGGAAUGGAGGAAAUAUUUUUUAAAUAAAUUGAGGCUGAAAACAAAGCCAAUGUUCAAGAAGAUUCUAAGCCAAGAAUGGAUCUUGAGCGGUGCUACUCUGGACUCCGUGAUCAUGCGAAUGCUGCUUGUGGUGGAGGAGUUUUUCAAACAGCUCAGCCAUCUGAAGAGCUCCAUGUGCACGGAUUUUCUAAAUGAAGUUCACAAGUACGUGGUCAAGGAAUAUAUCACUCAAACGCUCAAAUCAAAAGGCAGAAUAAAACCAGGCAAACGGAAAGACAUCAGCAAAAUAAUGGCCCAGGAUGCCACAGCCAUCCACAACACCAUGCGACAUCUGGGUUCAAGUUUUAACUGGCUCCAACUGGCCAUUCCAUACAUUGCUACCAUAAUUGGUGAGAAGAAAAAGAACAAAAUCAAAGAUUACAUAGCAAGCUUGUCUGACAGCUAUCCGGAUAUCAGGAAGGAACAUAUCUUGGCCAUCCUUGCUCUCCGAGGGUUAUCACGAAACAAGAGGAACUCAAUAGUUGACUGCAUGGCCAUGGAAGAAUUACAGGUUGAACGCAACAGAACACUCUUUGCUGAAAUUGAGCUUCAAACUACUGUCCAGUGCUUUUAAAAAUGUGCAGAAAUGAAAUGCAAAGCUAACCUUG